UGUGACUGAUAGUUGCUGGUGUUCCUGCAGAGGAACAUGGGAAGUCAUCUGAACUGCAGCAGAUUGAGGACAAGCUGGCAGCCCUGGAAAAGGAGGAGGUGGAGCUGCAGAGGUGCAAAGACAAGAUCCUCUACCCAAAGAGCCAGCAAUCAGACAGUCUUCUGGAUAACAGUGCCAUUAUUGCCCAGGGUGGGGUGUUUGUCCUCCCACCUGUUCCAGACAUCAUGGUAGCCCCCCCUCCACCCAUGCCUGCUCCGCAGGUCAUCCUAGACCCGAAGAAUCUUCCCGCCCACCCGUCUCAAACGCAGUGCCCCUCCUGCCAUCAGUUCAUCACCACAGAAAUCAUCACCAAAGUCGGCACUGUGACCUGGCUGGCAUGCAUCAUGUCUGCCAUGCUUGGGUGCGUGGCUGGCUGCUGCUUCAUCCCAUUCUGCAUCAGCAACUUCAAAGACAUCAUCCACCAGUGCCCCAAAUGUCGAACCAAGAUCCACACGAUCCCCAAGCUGUGAAGCCUGGCAGCCUCCCGCUGUAACCCCAGUUCCCUGGCCUGGGUUUUGGAACUGU